UGUUUCUCCGGAAAUGGCCAUUACUAUCGAGGUGGAGUUGCUAAAACAAAAUAUGGGCAUGCCUGUACUACAUGGAAAUCAACUUCCUACACGAAGGACAAAUUUCCUGAGGCAGAUUUAACGAAUAAUUUUUGCAGAAAUCCAGACUCAAGCUUAGCAAGGCCCUGGUGCUUUACUAAAGAUUCUCCUAAUAGACGGCAAGUUUGUGAUAUAUCCAAAUGC